AUGGCCACCCCGCAGCAGCUGGUCCCUCAAACCGAGUCCAUCGCAGAGGUCUACGCAACCGACGAGGCGUCGACCACCUCGGUCUCGCCAGAGAUCCAGGCGCGAUGGAAGGGUCUGGUCACUGGCUUUGCGAAGCUGUACGGCCAGCGGCCGGAUUUCGUCGCCCGUAGCCCCGGCCGUGUCAAUAUCAUCGGCGAACACAUCGACUACAAUCUCUACGACGUGCUACCGACGGCGGUCAGUGUGGAUGUGAUCGUGGCCGUCAAGGUCAUCCCGCCGCACGGGUUGGAUGCUACCGUCAAGAUUGCCAAUGUCAACCCGGACAAGUUCCCCUCCCGCGAGUUCACCGUGCCGCGAGAUGCAGACAUCGAGAUCGACCCGACGAAGCACGAAUGGAUCAAUUAUUUCAAGGCUGGCCUUUUGGGUGCCGUCAAGUACCUGCGCAAGAAGACGGCUGACAACCUCUUCGCGCCGGCAAGCAUGGAGAUCCUGAUUGACGGCAACGUGCCUCCCGGUGGUGGCAUCUCGAGCAGUGCCGCCUUUGUAUGUGCGAGUGCCCUGGCCGUCAUGAAGGCCAACAACCACAAUGUUUCCAAGCAGGAUCUCUUGGACCUGGCGGUAGUGUCGGAACGUGCCGUUGGUGUUUAUUCUGGAGGUAUGGACCAAGCAGCCUCCAUCUUCUCCUCUCGAGGGUACUUGCUGUACACGCAGUUCUACCCCAACUUCUCCGUGCAGCAUGUCCCCGUCCCCAAGGCCGACCAGGAGAUCACCUUCCUGAUGGCGCAGAGUUUCGUGACGUCGAACAAAGCCGAAACAGCGCCCCGCCACUACAACCUCCGCGUAGCCGAAUGCACGCUGGCAGCCGUGGUGCUCGCCAAAAAGUACAACAUCACCUUGACCAAAGACACCAGUUCGCUCGGGUACAGUCUGCGCAACUUCCACCAGGAGCUGAUGCGCAAGGAAGGCCGGCUGGGCGACCCACUCGAGUACCAGCUCGACGCCGUCAUCCAGGUCGCCCGCGACCAUCUCGGCCAGGAAGAAGGGUACACGCGUUCCGAGAUCGCACAGGAGCUGGGGAUCACUGUCGCCGAGCUGGAGACACAGUUCCUGUCCGCGUUUCCCGUCCAGACCGAGGCCUUUCUCCUCCGCCAGCGCGCCCUGCACUGCUUCCGCGAGGCUCGUCGCGUGCUAGACUUCAAGGCCUGUCUUACCAACGCGCGCAAACUCGACAACACCCGCAUCGCCUACCUCGGCCAGCUGCUCAACGAGUCCCAGGCUUCCUGUCGGUCAGACUACGACUGUAGUUGUCCUGAAGUCGACGAGAUCUGCGCCAUCGCCCGUCGCGCCGGCACUUGGGGCAGCCGCCUCACGGGCGCCGGCUGGGGAGGAUGUACCGUCCACAUCCUCCCGCAGAAUAAAGUCGACGCCGUCAUCGCCGCCCUGAAAAACGAGUACUAUCUUAAGAAGUUUCCGGAUAUCUCGCCAGAAAAGCUCGCCCAGGCAAUCGUCAUUAGCAAGCCGUCGAAUGGUUCCUUCAUGGUUACGGGUGCUGCUAUCACUCAAUUCGAUGUUUAA